UCAGUCAUUCUCCCGCGGACUGCGACAACAUCAGAAUCAUUUCGGUCUUUACGCGCACGGUGGUGAUAUAAAUACAACAAGUAAUAACAUACAUAAUAAUUGUCUCCCGAUCUUUUCGCGUUGAGUUCCUUCUUCGACGAUCGAUCAGAAAGAUGGAUACUAAAAUCUACGCGCUGCUUGUUCUCGUCGGUGUCCUAGGAUCCUUUAUGGAGGCCCAAGCGACCUUCGUCGGUUAUCCUUAUGCUUACGGAAAUGGACGACUAGGCGGACCAACAUCGGUGAAUUUCAUCGGGAUGCCCAGGUCAAAGCGAGAAAUCGGUGAUUCGAAUGGUGAGACUACCACCAAUCAAGCAACUACAACGACCCUCUCGUCGACAAAUCCUACAACUACACCAUCAUCGACCACAUCAUUGUCAUCGACUACACCAUCAUCCACCACACCGUCAACGUCGCCUACGACCACCCCAUCCACUAGUCCAACCACCACACCCACUACCACGGAGGCGACGUCCCCUACUACUACUCCGACAUCCACUUCCGCUACUACUCCGUCCACCACAAAUCCUACAACACCUAGCACGACAACUUCAGAAAGCACAAAAUCAACGUCCAAGCCGAAGAAAUCGACAGACAAUGAUGUCCUAUCGCGCUCGAAUUUUGAUGAAUCCAAGCCCGAAGACUCCGCUAAGAAACCUGGAUCAUCGUCCAAGAGCGACAAGACGCCAACUCCUGGACCGUACAAUGGCCCAGGCGUUCCCGGAGCCGGCUUUGGCGGCUUUGGUCCAGGUUUCGAUCCCUACAAUGGUUAUCCCGGAUUCAACUCUAUACCAGGUCCCGGCCCGAACUACGCGUGGACCGGUACGAACAAUGGACCAGGACACGCGUCCGCGGGCGCGUCAGCCGGGAGUUUUGCAGGAGGAUUUCCGGGAUAUCCUGGAGCGGGGUAUCCUGGCGCUGGAUAUCCUGGAGCAGGGUUUCCUAGAGCGGGAUAUCCAAUGGGAGGACAACCUAUGACUACUGAGUCAUCGCCUGUCAAUAAUCGAGGAGGAUUUCAGGAUAUGUCGCCGAACCAGAACACACCAAAUUACGGCGGAAUAGAUCCCUUGUAUAAUGCAGGACCUGGAUUUUUUUUCCCUGGACAAUAUCCUACCUUCAAUGAUCCUACAUUUGACAUGAUCAGGCGGAUUCAGGCGCAGAUCGAGGCACAGCAUCAAGCUAACAUGGAAGCCCACAAUCGUUUGGCCAACGAAGCCGCUAAUUACGGUGGCGGAAGUUAUGGUGGUGGCGCACCACAAGUUUCGAGUGCUAGCAUUGGUUUAGGCCCAGGUGGCGGUUACCAAACAGGCUUUAUCAAUCCCGUUGGGCCAGGAAUAGAGUCCAGAUUUGCUGAUGAUCUUCCCGCUCCAUCUGGUAAUAGUUUUGGAGUGUUCGCCAGUUCCAGUUCUUCCAGCGGUACCGGUCCGGAUGGCAAGCCAAUCAACCAUAAGUCGUCUAUCACUGGCGUGAACGAUAACGGAAAGAUUUCUUAUCGUACGGUGCACGAUUAACUAUGCUUUUGAUUGUAUUUUCAACACAUCUUACUUUUAACUAUUACUUUACUAUCGUCUAUUUUGUGUCUGCUAUACAAUACCAUGAUAGAGAUAAAUUUUUAUGAUUCAAAGUCUUAAUUCACGAUCUAGGAUUCAGACUCAAAUAUUUUCUUAAGAUUACCAUAUACUCAAAAAAUACUCAAGUUUCUGAAAACUAAUAGAUCCUUUCUAUGAAAAAUUUUAUAAACCUUUUUGUAAUUAUUAAUUACGUUGACAGCUUAAUCUUGACUACCUGCUUGCAAGAAAUUAACUUAAAAUUCACUUGUUAUAAAUAUUUCAAAGUUUUAAUAAGUUUUCUUAUAUUGAUGUUAAAUUAUGUUUUACUCGAGCAAUAUCGAGCAAUCAAAUUAACGAUUAUAUAUGCAUUUAUGUCUACACGCUUAAAUGAGGUAUAUAAAUAUUAUAUUUUUUGAUUAUAUGUAUAAAUUAAUAUUAUAUUUUUUUGAUUAUAUGUAUAAAUUAAACUCAUGACGCUUUUAUAUAA